UGGAGGAGAGGGGGUCGACGAGAUUAAAGUCCAAUUCCCUUUGGUCUCUCUUGUUAUAUUGUGAUUUGAAGAUUUUUCUUCAGUUCCAUCAAUGGUGACCAUUUGUUUUCAAUCUCCUUCAAAACCCAUUCACAAUAUUCAACCAAAAUCAAAACUUUCAUCGCAGGUAAUCGCUAAAGUCUCUGUCUUUAAACCCAGAGCCUCCGUACAAAUCACAAAGCUUGUCAUCGUCACCGAGCCAGAGCCAGUUUUCACCUCCGUCAAAACUUUCGCUCCGGCGACUGUUGCGAAUUUAGGUCCAGGCUUUGACUUCUUAGGAUGCGCCGUCGAUGGUCUCGGUGACCACGUCACUCUCCACGUGGAUCCCACAGUUCGUAACGGAGAGAUCUCAAUCUCUGAGAUCACCGGAACCACGACCAAACUCAGCUUUGAUCCACACCGGAAUUGUGCGGGAAUUGCAGCUAUGGCGACGAUGAAGAUGCUUGGGAUCAAAUCGGUUGGUGUAUCGUUAGCUUUGCAUAAAGGACUUCCUUUAGGUAGUGGUUUAGGUUCUAGCGCGGCUAGCGCCGCCGCAGCAGCUGUGGCGGUUAAUGAAUUAUUCGGCGGGAAAUUAGGAAACGACGAGCUAGUUCUCGCCGGAUUAAAAUCGGAAGCAAAAGUCUCAGGCUUUCACGCUGAUAACAUUGCUCCGGCGAUUAUGGGUGGAUUCGUUUUGAUUAGAAGCUACGAGCCGCUUGAUUUGAAACCUUUGAGAUUCCCAUUGGAGAAAGAUCUCUUCUUUGUUCUCGUUAGCCCUGAUUUCGAAGCUCCCACUAAAAAAAUGAGAGCAGCAUUAGCAAAAGAGAUUCCGAUGGCUCACCAUGUUUGGAACAGUAGCCAAGCGGCGGUGUUAGUGGCGGCGGUUUUGGAAGGUGACGUGGAGAAUCUUGGGAAGGCGCUGUCGGAUAAAGUAGUGGAGCCGAAGAGAGCACCAUUGAUUCCGGGAAUGGAAGCUGUGAAGAGAGCUGCUUUAGAAGCUGGAGCAUUUGGUUGCACUAUAAGUGGAGUUGGUCCAACGGCGGUUGCAGUGAUCGACACGGCGGAGAAAGGUUUCGAGAUCGGAGAGAAAAUGGUGGAAGCGUUCUUGAAGGUCGGAAACUUGAAAUCUAUUGCUUCUGUGAAGAAACUUGAUAAAAUCGGAGCUAGACUUAUCAAAAGUAUGUAAUUUUUCGAGUUUUACGGAUUUGUUCUAUGGAUUCUGCAAAUAAAUGGUAAAUGAUAAUAAAGAGAUUCGUAAUUGAAA